AGAGGAAGAGGCGAGGUUUCGCGCUGGCUGGGGUGGAUUUUUUGUUACCCCUCCCCCUCGGUGUGAUCAGCAGCGGAGAGAAUCAGGAAGUCACCGCAGCCAAAUGAGACUGGCUCACUCGCCUAACAGACAUGUUUGAUCAGGAUGACAUGAUGACGGAGUGAAAGGAGAAGCGGGGGAAAGACGGGCCUAGUUUGGCCAUGCAAGAACCCCGUUCGCACAUCUGGCGUCAAACCCACCUCGUGUACGCCUAGAUCCUCUCGCUGGUGUCACUUCGCAAAAGCUGUACAAGUGAUUGGAACACAAACAGAGAAUAGAUGUCUACACCAACAGAUCCUGGUGCAAUGCCUCAUCCUGGCCCUUCUCCAGGCCCAGGUCCUUCACCAGGACCAAUAUUAGGUCCUAGCCCAGGCCCAGGUCCUUCACCAAGUUCAGUACACAGCAUGAUGGGACCAAGUCCUGGACCCCCAAGUGUUCCACAUGCAAUGCCAACCAUGGGACCUAAUGAUUACCCACAAGAAGGCAUGCACCCAAUGCACAAACCCAUCGAUGGUUUGCAUGAGAAAGGAAUGGUUGAAGACCUGCACAGCAACUCCAUGAAGACAGCAAGUAUGCGACCUCCUCAUCCUGGAAUGGGGCCACCUCAAAGUCCAAUGGAUCAGCAUAGUCAAGGCUAUAUGUCUCCUCAUCCAUCUCCUCUGGGACCACCAGAGCAUGUGUCUAGUCCAAUGUCUGGAGGAGGACCAACUCCACCGCAGAUGCCACCAAGCCAGCCAGGUCCCAUGAUCCCAGGAGAUCCACAAGUUAUGAGCCAACCCAGCCGCGGUCCUUCACCUUUCAGUCCUGUUCAACUGCAUCAACUCCGAGCACAGAUUCUAGCAUACAAAAUGCUGGCUAGAGGUCAGCCAUUGCCUGAAAAUCUUCAACUUGCUGUACAAGGAAAGAGGACAUUACCUGGGAUUCAACAACAACAGACUCUUUACAAGACACCUGCAAUGGGGAUUCUACCACUGGGUGGCCCUGCAGCUGGGCCAGGAGCUGCUUCAGUAAUGCCAGGACAUACAGCUGCUAUAGCCCCAAAAACCUGGCCAGAAGGACAAGGAGCAGAUCUGAGUGCUUCUAGUACACCUCAGAAGCUUGCUGUUCCACCCCCUAGUGGACGACCUUCACCUGCCCCUGCAGCUACUCAGCCUUCUGCAGUAAUGCCCGGUCCUUCUGUACCACAGCCCGCAGCUGUACAGCCAUCUCCUAUUGUUCCGCUGCAGCAAAAGCAGAACCGUAUCAGCCCAAUUCAAAAGCCUCAAGGCCUGGAUCCUGUUGAAAUACUUCAGGAGCGAGAAUACAGGCUUCAGGCUCGAAUUGCUCACAGAAUUCAGGAAUUAGAAAAUUUGCCUGGCUCCUUGCCUCCAGAUCUGAGAACUAAAGCCACAGUGGAGCUGAAGGCACUUAGGCUACUGAAUUUCCAGCGCCAGUUAAGACAAGAGGUUGUGGCAUGCAUGCGUCGUGACACAACUUUGGAGACUGCUCUGAACUCAAAGGCCUACAAACGCAGCAAGCGCCAAACUCUGAGGGAAGCCCGAAUGACGGAAAAACUUGAGAAACAACAGAAGAUAGAACAGGAGAGAAAACGUAGACAAAAGCACCAGGAAUAUCUCAACAGCAUCUUGCAACAUGCUAAAGAUUUUAAAGAGUACCAUCGGUCUGUUGCUGGCAAAAUUCAGAAACUUUCUAAAGCCGUUGCUACUUGGCAUGCUAACACUGAGCGUGAACAGAAGAAAGAAACAGAGAGGAUUGAAAAAGAAAGAAUGAGAAGGCUGAUGGCUGAAGAUGAAGAAGGCUACCGUAAACUGAUCGAUCAGAAGAAAGACAGGCGUUUGGCAUACCUCCUACAGCAAACUGAUGAAUAUGUGGCUAACCUGACUAAUCUGGUGUGGGAACACAAGCAAGCACAAGCUGCCAAAGAAAAGAAAAAGAGGAGGAGAAGAAAGAAGAAGGCAGAAGAUAAUACAGAAGGAAUGGGAUCUGGACUUGGUCCUGAUGGAGAGCCCAUAGAUGAGAGCAGUCAGAUGAGUGAUCUCCCAGUCAAAGUAACUCACACUGAAACGGGCAAAGUCCUCCUUGGAUCAGAGGCUCCUAAAGCAAGUCAGUUGGAUGCUUGGUUAGAAAUGAACCCUGGCUAUGAAGUCGCUCCUCGUUCAGACAGUGAAGAAGAAAGUGACUCUGAGUAUGAGGAGGAAGACGAUGAAGAGGACUCAAGUAGACAAGAGACAGAUGAGAAGAUCCACUUGGAUCCAAACAGCGAAGAUGUUUCUGAGCGAGAUGCUAAACAAAUAAUUGAGACAGCCAAACAAGAUGUGGAUGAUGAAUACAGCAUGCAGUAUAGUGCCAGAGGGUCUCAGUCUUACUAUACAGUGGCUCAUGCAAUCGCCGAGAGAGUAGACAAGCAGUCUUCUCUUCUUAUUAAUGGCACACUAAAACAUUAUCAGAUCCAGGGGCUUGAAUGGAUGGUUUCUCUGUAUAAUAACAAUUUGAAUGGAAUUUUAGCUGAUGAAAUGGGGCUCGGAAAGACCAUACAGACGAUUGCACUCAUCACUUAUCUGAUGGAACACAAAAGGCUCAAUGGCCCCUAUCUCAUCAUUGUUCCCCUCUCGACUUUAUCCAACUGGACUUAUGAAUUUGACAAAUGGGCCCCUUCUGUGGUGAAAAUUUCUUACAAGGGCACACCUGCUAUGCGCCGAUCUCUUGUUCCUCAGCUUCGUAGUGGAAAAUUUAAUGUUCUUUUGACCACUUACGAGUAUAUAAUAAAGGACAAGCACAUUCUUGCUAAGAUUCGGUGGAAGUAUAUGAUUGUAGAUGAAGGUCAUCGAAUGAAGAACCAUCAUUGCAAGCUGACUCAGGUGUUGAAUACUCAUUAUGUAGCCCCAAGACGGAUUCUUUUGACUGGAACUCCAUUGCAGAAUAAACUGCCUGAACUUUGGGCUCUUCUUAACUUCCUCCUUCCAACAAUUUUCAAGAGCUGCAGCACCUUUGAACAGUGGUUCAAUGCCCCCUUUGCCAUGACUGGAGAAAGGGUGGAUUUAAAUGAGGAGGAAACUAUUUUGAUCAUUCGGCGCCUCCACAAAGUUCUGCGACCCUUCCUGCUAAGGAGGCUGAAGAAAGAAGUUGAAUCUCAGCUGCCAGAAAAGGUUGAAUAUGUUAUUAAGUGUGAUAUGUCAGCCCUUCAGAAAAUUCUGUAUCGCCACAUGCAAGCCAAAGGAAUCCUCCUUACCGAUGGCUCUGAGAAAGACAAGAAGGGGAAAGGAGGAGCCAAAACUCUCAUGAACACCAUCAUGCAAUUGAGAAAGAUAUGCAAUCACCCGUAUAUGUUCCAGCAUAUUGAGGAAUCUUUUGCUGAACAUUUGGGCUAUUCAAACGGUGUCAUCAAUGGAGCUGAGCUUUAUCGAGCUUCAGGGAAGUUUGAGCUACUUGAUCGAAUUCUACCAAAGCUGCGAGCCACAAACCAUCGUGUGCUUCUUUUCUGUCAAAUGACGUCACUCAUGACCAUUAUGGAAGACUAUUUUGCUUUUAGAAACUUUGCUUACCUGCGGCUUGAUGGGACAACAAAAUCUGAGGAUCGAGCAGCUCUGCUGAAGAAGUUCAAUGAGCCCAAUUCCCAAUAUUUCAUCUUUCUGCUGAGCACAAGGGCUGGAGGUCUGGGCUUGAACCUUCAGGCAGCUGAUACUGUCAUUAUUUUUGACAGUGACUGGAAUCCUCACCAGGAUUUGCAGGCACAAGACCGAGCUCAUCGAAUUGGACAACAGAAUGAAGUUCGAGUCCUACGACUAUGCACAGUGAACAGUGUGGAAGAGAAAAUUCUUGCUGCUGCCAAAUAUAAAUUGAAUGUGGAUCAGAAAGUUAUUCAAGCUGGCAUGUUUGACCAAAAAUCUUCAAGCCAUGAACGGAGGGCUUUUCUCCAGGCCAUAUUGGAGCAUGAAGAAGAAAAUGAGGAAGAAGAUGAAGUCCCAGAUGAUGAAACUCUGAAUCAGAUGAUUGCUCGACGGGAAGAGGAAUUUGAUCUUUUCAUGCGAAUGGAUAUGGACCGGCGUAGAGAGGAUGCUCGAAAUCCAAAACGCAAACCACGCUUGAUGGAGGAAGAUGACCUGCCAUCCUGGAUUAUCAAAGAUGAUGCUGAAGUUGAAAGGCUUACCUGUGAGGAAGAGGAAGAGAAGAUAUUUGGGAGAGGAUCCCGACAGCGCAGGGAUGUGGAUUACAGUGAUGCCCUGACAGAAAAACAGUGGUUAAGGGCAAUUGAAGACGGCAAUUUGGAAGAAAUGGAAGAGGAAGUGCGGCUUAAAAAGCGAAAAAGGAGAAGAAAUGUGGACAAAGAUUCAGGCAAAGAAGAUGGAGAGAAGGCAAAAAAGAGGCGAGGAAGACCUCCAGCAGAGAAAUUGUCUCCCAAUCCUCCUAAGCUGACAAAACAGAUGAAUGCCAUUAUUGAUACUGUGAUCAAUUAUAAAGACAGUUCAGGACGACAGUUAAGUGAAGUUUUCAUCCAGCUACCUUCCAGGAAAGAAUACCCAGAGUACUAUGAGUUAAUUAGGAAGCCGGUGGACUUCAAAAAAAUAAAGGAAAGAAUCCGUAACCAUAAAUACCGCAGUCUAGGUGACCUGGAGAAGGACAUCAAUUUGUUGUGUCUCAAUGCUCAGACUUUCAACUUGGAAGGAUCACAGAUCUAUGAGGAUUCCAUUGUUCUCCAGUCAGUGUUCAAAAGUGCACGGCAGAAGCUUGCCAAAGAAGAUGAAAGUGAGGAAGAAAGUAAUGAGGAGGAGGAAGAUGAGGAAGAUGAGUCAGAGUCAGAAUCCAAAUCUGUAAAAGUGAAAAUAAAGCUCAACAAAAAAGAUGAGAAAAACCGAGACAAAGGAAAAGGCAAGAAGCGCCAAAGCCGGGUAAAAGCCAAACCAGUGGUGAGCGAUGAUGACACUGAUGAGGAUCAAGAAGAAAAUGACCAGUCAGAAGCAAGCGCCAGUGAUGACGAGUGAUGCAGACGGUCCAGUUUUCUGAACUGAGAACCUUCUUCCCUUCUGUCGUUUUACACCCAGUGAAUUCAUUUUGUCAGAUAGGCAUUGGGGUGUUUCUGUAUUUUCAUCAUCUAUAAACUAGCUUUAGGGUAGUGCCAGACAAACAUAUGAUAUCAUGGUGUAAAAAGAAAAAAAGAAAAAAAAUGUAACAUACUGUGACCAAAUGGGCCUCAAAAAUAAAAAAAGAAAAACAAAGUAAGGGGCAAAAAACAACUUUUGUUGGAAAAUAAUACAUGGGUUGAUAGUAUAUUUCUAUGGGUUGGGUUUAGCUUACUAAUGGUUUGACUGUUCCUGGUUUCAAUAUUUGAUUCGAUGCUAUCAAUAUGCAUCAGAAAGAUUUUAAAAAAUGUCUUUUGUAGCAUUGCUAACCGGGAAAAGCCAUUAAAAGCAACUGGUGAUUUUAUUUUUCAUCAGGCAGUUUUCAAGGUUUUAUUAGUUCUGUAUUUGUUUUUUUCACUGUGGUACACAUAUGUAAUUUUGUUUAAGAGCCUCUAAAUGUACAGUAGGUAGACUUUACCCUGUCCUGUCCCAUUCAUUGCUUCACUUUACGCUCAAUGAUCUCUUGGCAAAAAUGCUUUUUGAACUGCAUACAAGAAAUGUAUGUCUACUGUAAACUUUGCUUUUUUUUCUUUUGCUUUUUUUCUUGAUUUUAAAAAGUUGGGUUUAAAAUGCUAUUGAAUAUUGCAAUCUAUAUAGUGUAAUGAAUGGCUUCUUUCAUCACAUUAUCUUUUGUGUUACCAAUGUGGUUUGCCACCUUUCCCCAAAGUGUACUUAAUCUUUGCUUUCUUUGCACAAUGUCUUUGGUUGCAAGUCAUAAGCCUGAGGCAAAUAAAA